AUGUCUUUGUCCAAUAACAAUAAAGAAGUAGUCUUUGUUAGCGGUGCCUCUGGUUAUAUUGCACAACAUAUUGUUCAUCAAUUAUUAGAAACCGGUAAGUAUAAAGUUAUCGGCAGUGUUAGAACUCAAAAAAAGGCUGAUUUGUUUAAAGAACGAUUCAAGGAUAACAAAGACUUAUCAUUUGUCAUUGUGCCAGAUAUUUCUUUGUUGGGAUCCUUUGAUGAUUGUUUCAAUAAAAUUGGUCAUCAAAUAGAUUACAUUUUGCACACUGCUUCUCCAUUUUUCUUUGAAUCCAAAGAUGUAGAAAAAGACUUGUUGAUUCCAGCUGUUAAUGGUACCAAAUCUAUAUUGGAAGCCACUGUUAAGUAUGCUCCUCAGGUGAAAAAAUUUGUAGUCACCUCAUCUUAUGCAGCAGUGGCUACGUUUGCCAUGGAUAGCGACUCGAAAAACAUUAUAACAGAAAAGGACUGGAAUCCUAUUACUUGGGAGGAAGCUUUAAGUAAUGGUGUUGAUGCCUAUUACGCAUCUAAGAAGUUUGCUGAAAAACAAUGCUGGGAUUUCUUAAAGGAACAUAGUGAGGAAGCUAAAUUUAAACUUACUGCAAUUUGUCCAGUUUUUGUUUUUGGAGAGCAAUUGUUUGAUGAGGAUAUUGUGCCUGGACAUAAACUAAAUACCUCUUGUGAAUUUAUUAAUGCAUUGGUUCACUCUACUGAAAAAAGCCCUGUUGAUUUAACUAUGUUUGGUGGAUAUAUCUCUGUUCAAGACGUUGCUAGAGGUCACUUGGAAUGUUUAACCAAUGAUAAUUUAGAUGGUAAGAGAUUAAUUUUGUCUGAAGCUAGAUUUACGUUCCAAACGAUUAUUGAUAUAAUCCGUAAAGAUUUUCCCGAAUUGACUAAUGUAAGCAAAGGUGUCCCUGGUUCUGAUAAAAAAAGACUAGCAGAUGUUGCCACCUUAGAUAAUCAUGUCUCAAAAGAAUUAUUGGGGUUUAAAUUCAAAGAACUUGGAGAAAUUGUUGACGAAACCGUUAACCAAAUAUUAAGAGUGGAAAGAAAAGAACAGAAUUAA